CCGGAUGAUAAAGAGGCGCUAGGCACUAGCUGGAGAAAUGGGGAAAUUCAGGCAGUAUGUGCAGCUAUGCUCAUCCAGGCUACCCUCUAAGAGGCUAUUGAAGAUCUACCUAACAGUAUCUUUUUGCAAUGUAUGCUGCACGAAUGUUGAUGGUUUCAAGUUAUCUAUGUUGUUAUAUAGACAAGCUUUCGUCAGAGCAUAAUCGAUAAUGUCACUCAAGUUUACUCGCAGAGCAAACAUUCUGUGCAGUGUAUAAUCUAUCCAUGCUUUUUCCCUUCCUACCAUUCAUGGUCGAGUCACUGCUUCCCUGGCUACCAGAGAACUCAGUUGCAACGUAUGCUGGUAUUGUUGUUUCUGCUGUACUGUUUGGUCGGAUAUGUGGAAGCUAUUUAUGGGGUGCUCUGGCCGAUUACAAAGGUCGAAAACCGACAAUUAUUGGCAGUAUUUUGCUGGUUGGGCUGUCAGCAUUCGUUUUUGGAUUCUCUGUUAAUUAUGGGAUGGCAAUUGCUUUUCGAUUUGCUUCUGGUCUUUGUAACGGUGUAAUCCCGAUAUCAAAGGCAAUAGUAUCUGAAGUGUCCGACGACUCAAACCAGUCUUUUGGAGUGGCUCUGUUGGGUACAGCCUGGGGGCUUGCUUUGGUUGUGGGACCAGCUGUGUCUGCAGCCAUCUCUGACCCCAUCGGACAGUACAACGUAACUGUGGAGAGUGAGACAGUGAGAGAGUUCUUGUCUCAGUUCCCCUACUCUCCACCGUGUAUGUUGACAACUCUACUGUGUGCUGUCUCUGCAGUACUGUCAUUGCUGCUGUUGCCUGAAACUCUUGCAACUGGCAAAAGAAAGCAAACAAUCAACAAAGUCGAUAGAUGUCCUAACUCACAAAUCAACGCUACGAAUACACCAACUACUGAAGCUGCUGAUGUGUCCAACUGCCAAAUUCAGUAUGGCAACACUGAAGACAAUUGUGACGAACAUAGUGUUCAAAACGGGGAAGACCCUGAGCAAGCUGGGUUAAUUGAGCCAGCAAUCAUAGGCAAAAAGACUCGUAGGACUGGUUUCAAACAGAGGACAAAGGAUUUCGGAACUUGGUUCAAGAAUUAUGUGAAGAGAGUUUGUGUUCUAGUGCUUUGUGACAGGGCUACUGGACUCUCUAUUCUCGUUUAUGUCCUGUUUUCAAGUGUAGAUGUUAGUUUCAAUGAUAUCUACUCCAUUUGGGCAAAAACAUCACCACAUCUCGGUGGACUUGGGCUUAGUCUCAAUGAGAUUGGGGUAACGUUGACCAUUUCUGGAGUGGCCAUUGUACCAUCUUCAUUGAUCCUCUUUCCACUGUUAGAGAGGAAGUUUGGUCUGUUGAGAUUGUAUUACCUACUUUUGGUGAUUUUAAUUCCUGCAAUGAUGCUCCUGCCAAAUGUCCAUUACUUCUACAACAUGAAAUCGGUGCUGUGGCUACUAGUGUCCUCCGUCUUGAUUGUGAUUCAGAGUUGUUUGACGAUGAUCUUCAAUUGUGUGGCAACUUUCAUCAAUAACUCUGUACUCUUUGUGAACCUGGGAACAGUUAAUGGGAUUGGUUCUUCUUGUUCAUCGUUAUCAAGGGCUCUUUCUGCUCUAUUGUCUGGCAAGCUGUUCUCUGUGAGUCUGUCGGCGACAGCUGCUGGACUGGGCUACCCACUAGACUAUAGACUCGUCUUCCUCCUCUUUGGACUUGUGUUUGUGGUGUGUGUGUUUGUAGCAGCUUGUCUGCCUGUUAGCAUCAAUAAACAGAAAAUUUGUCAUUUAAAUUAAUGGAUUGAUCACAAAACUGUACAUG